UCAAUUACAUGAUGAAUGAUCAAUGAACUAGUUCAAGAAGAAAGAUCGACAGAGAAGAGAGAAGAGCGGCAAAGCUGUGCGCUUUGCCUAGUGCUAGCUGCUACUCUUAUCUUCUCCCCCGUUCAUUCAUUCAUUCAUCUUCUUAGAAAUUAGAAUAUGCCAACAACCCAAUUGAGCAGGCCACCGUGCCUCUUAUUUCCCCCUCUCCUACCUGCAACUCAAUCUCAUAAACUUCUGAGACCCAACUUCCAUUGCUCUCUCCUCUCCCAUACCACUUUUUCUUCUCCUUCUUUCAUCCUCAACUUCAGAUCCAAACGUUUUCAUUUCCUUAAUCCAUCAUCUUCUUUAAGAGAAACUAAGAAGAGACACCAUACCCCCCUUCAGAAAGCGCCUGAUAAUAAUGCUCCUCAGAUCCGCCGCCGGCCACUCCUGACACUGAACUCCAAAAUUGCUGGUGAUAAAGAGGGUUCCGGCGGCAAUGGACAGACUGCACUUAAAGGUACCCUUUUGGCGGGAUUGUUGCUUGUGGGUUUCGUUGGUAGCUUUGGCACUGUUGGGUAUAUCUACAAGGAUCAGAUAAAUGUCUUCUUGACACAGUUUUCCGAGUUAAUUGAAGGUUACGGGCCAGCUGGAUAUGCUUUGUUUAUUGCAGUUUAUGCUGGACUUGAGAUCCUUGCAUUACCAGCCAUCCCAUUGACAAUGUCAGCUGGUGUUCUAUUUGGUUCUCUUACUGGCACCAUCGUCGUCUCAAUCAGUGGAACAUUGGCUGCAAGUGUGGCCUUCUUGAUUGCGAGAUACUUUGCUCGUGAACGGAUACUUAAAUUGGUGGAAGGAAACAAGAUAUUUCUUGCAAUUGACAAAGCUAUUGGAGAAAAUGGUUUUAGAGUUGUGACACUCCUCCGUUUGAGCCCUUUACUUCCAUUUUCUCUGGGAAAUUAUCUGUAUGGACUGACAUCCGUGAAUUUCAUUCCAUAUAUCUUGGGGAGUUGGCUGGGGAUGCUUCCGGGAACAUGGGCUUAUGUUAGUGCUGGUGCAAUUGGACGGGCAAUCAUUCAAGAAGAAUCUGGUGCGAGUACGCUUGGAGGAAAUGGUCAACUGUUGACACUCGGACUAGGAUUAUUGGCAACUGCAAUUGCUGCAACUUACGUAACAAGGCUAGCAAAGGAUGCUCUUAAGGAUAUCGAGUAGAGAAUAAUGCGUGUUGCUGUCUAAGAAAGUAUACAAAAACCUUUCUUGAUUUGACUGUUAAGAGGUGCAUAUUUGAGCCUUUCGUUUAGAGGAAAAUGGAUAGGAUUUGUGACAGCUCAAGUCUCUCUAUGUAAUUAGGAGCUCCAGGUAAAAAUUGGAUGCUGAAAAUAUAAAAGCUUUAACUUGCUUGCACAAUGCAUUUAUAGUAUCGAAUAAACUAAGGGUCAAUUGCAUAUCAUAACCAUAUAUACAUUGAUCAUUUGACUUUUCUUUUAUAAGAUUAUUAUAUAAUCUAUGUAUGAACAAUAAAUACUUUUAAAUAAAUUAUUAUAUUGCAAUAACA